ACAUAACGAUUAUAAACGACUCACGAGAUGCUCUAAAAGUCACAUGUCUCGUGUACACACAUAUAAUAUAAUUGUACCUCGAUGGAACCCUAUUUUGUUUUCUUAUAGCAGCUUCAUCACCGAGUGUCCGAUCAGAUUCACCAAACAUUACUUUUCAAUUUAACAUAAUUAGUCGCCAUUGGAAUUCAACCUCCAUUGGUUGACUCACUUCAAAAUUAGGGAUUCAUAAACAGUUUACGACUUGUAAAUCGUGAAUUGCGUGAAUUGUGGUUGUUGAUUCAAUCUGUACAGGAUGCAUGCGAUAAACGUCGUCCAGAUUAUACGAAUGGCGACGAGUAGCACCACCGAUUCGAUGCUCGGAGCUGAAAUUGAAUUCGGAUCGGUGAUGUUCUUCAUUUACGUCGGAAUCUCAGCCUUUCUCGUCAUUUUUGCCGGAAUUAUGUCCGGUCUUACUCUCGGUUUGAUGUCUCUAGGGCUCGUUGAGCUCGAGAUUCUUCAACGCAGUGGCACACCGACUGAAAAGAAACAAGCAGCUGUCAUAUUUCCAGUGGUUCAGAAACAGCAUCAGCUUCUUGUAACAUUGCUUCUGUGCAAUGCAGGUGCCAUGGAGGCCCUGCCAAUAUACCUGGACAAGAUUUUCAAUCAAAUUGUUGCAAUCGUGCUUUCUGUAACUUUUGUCCUUUUUUUUGGAGAGGUGAUUCCACAAGCAGUAUGUACCAGAUAUGGACUUGCUAUAGGUUCUAGUUUCAUUUGGCUUGUGAAGGUUUUGAUGAUAAUUUGCUAUCCAAUUGCCUAUCCUAUAGGCAAGAUGCUUGAUUUGGUACUAGGACAUAAUGAUGCUUUAUUUAGACGAGCUCAGCUGAAAGCCCUUGUUUCUAUCCAUGGCCAAGAGGCUGGUAAAGGAGGUGAACUCACUCAUGACGAGACAACAAUUAUCAGUGGAGCACUAGAUUUAACUGAAAAGACUGCCGAGGAGGCUAUGACACCAAUCGAGUCAACUUUUUCCUUGGAUGUCAAUUCGAAGUUAGAUUGGGAAGCAAUGGGGAAGAUUCUUGCAAGAGGUCAUAGUAGAGUUCCUGUAUACUCCGGAAACCCACGAAAUAUUAUCGGACUUCUAUUGGUGAAAAGUCUUCUUACUGUAAGGGCGGAAACCGAGACUCCAGUAAGUGCAGUCUCCAUUAGGAGAAUUCCAAGGGUUCCAGCGGACAUGCCUUUAUACGACAUAUUAAACGAGUUUCAAAAAGGAAGCAGUCAUAUGGCAGCUGUAGUCAAAACGAAAGGAAAAGGCAGGAAACCUCCAACACUUGAAGAAGAACCAACUCAAGAAACAAUCAUCGUUCGAUACUCUCAGUCUACAAAUCCCCUGGUUUCAAAACAGGGUGAAAAAUCAGAUAACGUGACGAUUGAUGUUGAAAAGGUGGGUACACAAACAAAUGGAGUGCCUUAUUCAGCAGAAGAUAUCGAAGAAGGUGAAGUUAUUGGUAUUAUCACGUUGGAAGAUGUAUUCGAGGAACUCCUUCAGGAGGAGAUUGUAGACGAGACUGAUGAAUUUGUUGAUGUGCAUAAAAGGAUACGUGUAGCAGCAGCUGCAGCUGCUUCAUCUGUCGCUCGUGCUCCCUCAGUUAGGAGAUUAACCGCAUUGGCUCAGCAGCAGCAGGGAGGUCAAUAUAAGGGAGGUCAAACACCAAGGAAGUCGGGUGACGAAGAUUCUACUUCAAAGUUGAACAGGGCUCUCGCCGAGCCUUUGCUGAAGAAAGAGACGUAAGUUACAUAUCUGAAGUCGAUUUUGUAAGGUGAAGCUUCAUGCUGGUCACAUACUAUAAAUAAGAAAGGGAUGUGCAGUUAGUUAUGGAUGCUUCUCAAGUCAUAUGACACAGACAACAUUUAUAUUAGUCGUUUUUGUUUAUUAUUAAUAUUAUUUUUGGUAUGAAAUUGAGGUCACAUAUUGUAAAGUUAAUAAUACCUGUAAGAACUUGUGUUUUCUUUGUGCUUGUGCAUGUUUAUGUUACGCCUACAUAAAAAGUUGGUGAAUCGGAAUUGUGUUGUCGGUU